CAUCACGGAACUGCAUCUAAAUUAAUCGAACAAUCACUUUCCGAGUUAAACACUAUGUGGAAAAAUGACACUCAUACGAAAUCUGCACGCAAAGCCAAGUUUAUAAACAUCUUAAGACAAUUUCAAGACUUGAACAAUUAUGCUUCGAAAAUGAAUAGAACAUUUGGUGUAAUUCUAUUAGUACAGCCACUUAUCUCAUCAUUUUCGAUGAUACUUUCCUUAUUUUGUGUCAUGGUAAAUUUUUGGUACGCGGGUAUUGGGUAUAUAAUUUUUGCUUACACACAACUUCUCUCAAUGUGCGCUGUCGGUCAAUCGGUUCAAAAUAAUAAUGGUCAUUUGUUGAAAGUUCUAUCUGAAACAGAGUGGAUAUUAUUUUCAAUUGAAGAGCAAAAACUUUUUGUAAACGCUCUGAGAGCUCAACAAAGAGCUCCUGAUUUCUGGAUUGGACCAUUUGUACCGUAUAAUAUGGAAACUGCAUCCAAAGUGAGUGAAACAGGUAAUGUUAAUUUAGUUACUUUAUUUACUUUAUUUUUAGGUAACGCAGAAAAUUUAUUCAUACGCAAUGAUGCUAAUGAGAAUAACAAAAUAAAAAACGAUCUAGUUCAUAUAUGUUUUUUCUGCAGUGCAUAG